GAGACAGCGUUGCCUCUUUGCUCCCCUCGCCGCUCCCCCUCCUCCUUGCUAUAAAUAACCUGACUGGCGGGUCAGGAGCGUCACACGGCGAGAAACCAGGACCCCGAGGUUUUCUUCUCUGGGAAUAGGGGGCAAAGGGUGAGAAGAAGAGAAAGAAAUUACUCGAAAUCUGCUCGGUCUCCGGCUGCCACCGCUUCCUCUUUGAUGUUUUGGUACGCCGUGCGCAUGCGCCUCACAUUAGAAUUACUGCACUGGGCAGACUAAGUUGGGUCUCCUCUCUUCAGUGAAACCCUGAAUCCCGUCAAAAACUAAAGGGAUGUGGAGAGUCCGGAAAAGGGGCUACUUUGGGAUUUGGCCAUUCCCCUUAAUAAUCGCCGCUGUUUGUGCGCAGAGUGUCAAUGAUCCUAGUAAUAUGUCGCUGGUCAAAGAGACGGUGGAUAGACUCCUGAAAGGCUAUGACAUUCGUCUGAGACCAGAUUUUGGAGGUCCUCCUGUGGCUGUGGGAAUGAACAUAGACAUCGCCAGCAUCGAUAUGGUUUCUGAAGUGAAUAUGGAUUAUACCUUGACAAUGUACUUUCAGCAAGCCUGGAGAGAUAAGAGGCUGUCUUACAAUGUAAUACCUUUAAACUUGACUCUGGACAACAGAGUGGCAGACCAGCUCUGGGUACCUGACACCUACUUCUUGAAUGAUAAGAAGUCAUUUGUGCAUGGAGUGACUGUUAAGAACCGCAUGAUCCGCCUGCAUCCAGAUGGCACAGUCCUUUAUGGACUCAGAAUUACAACCACAGCUGCCUGCAUGAUGGAUCUAAGGCGGUACCCACUGGAUGAACAGAACUGCACCUUGGAAAUUGAAAGCUAUGGAUAUACAACUGAUGACAUUGAGUUUUACUGGCGUGGGGAUGAUAACGCGGUAACAGGAGUAACAAAGAUUGAACUUCCACAGUUCUCUAUUGUAGAUUACAAACUUAUCACCAAGAAGGUCGUUUUUUCCACAGGUUCCUAUCCCAGGCUGUCCCUCAGCUUUAAGCUUAAGAGAAACAUUGGCUACUUUAUCCUGCAAACGUACAUGCCUUCCAUCCUGAUUACCAUCCUCUCCUGGGUAUCCUUCUGGAUUAAUUAUGAUGCUUCAGCUGCAAGAGUGGCAUUAGGAAUCACAACUGUCCUAACAAUGACCACAAUCAACACCCACCUCCGGGAAACUCUCCCCAAAAUCCCCUAUGUGAAGGCCAUUGACAUGUACCUGAUGGGGUGCUUUGUCUUCGUUUUCAUGGCCCUUUUGGAAUAUGCUUUGGUCAACUACAUCUUCUUUGGGAGGGGGCCCCAGCGCCAAAAGAAAGCAGCUGAGAAGGCUGCUAGUGCUAACAAUGAGAAGAUGCGCCUGGAUGUCAACAAGAUGGACCCCCAUGAGAACAUUUUACUGAGCACCCUUGAGAUAAAAAAUGAAAUGGCCACUUCUGAGGCCGUGAUGGGACUUGGAGACCCCAGGAGCACAAUGCUGGCUUAUGACGCCUCCAGCAUUCAGUAUCGGAAAGCCGGAUUGCCCAGGCAUAGUUUUGGCAGAAAUGCUCUGGAACGACACGUGGCACAGAAGAAAAGCCGCCUGAGGAGACGCGCUUCCCAACUGAAAAUCACCAUCCCCGACUUGACUGAUGUGAAUGCUAUAGACCGGUGGUCCCGCAUAUUCUUCCCAGUGGUUUUUUCCUUCUUCAACAUCGUCUAUUGGCUUUAUUAUGUGAACUAAAGCAUAGCCUCCUAUGGGAAGCAAGGACUAGAUUCCUCCUCAAACCAGUUGUACAGCCUGAUGUAGGACUUGGAAAACACAUCAAUUCAGGACAAAAGUGAUGCUAAAAUACCUUAGUUGCUGGCCUAUCCUAUGGUCCAUUUCAUACCAUUUGGGUUGCUUCUGCUAAGUAAAGAAUACACUAAGGUCCUUGUGGUUUUCCAGAGAAAAUGCAAGUGUUGGUCCACAUGCUGGCAAGACUAAGUCUGAGCGUUCCUCUCUCUCUGUUUAGUAUGCACCCUACUCAGAGAGGAGUUAUUUAGAAGAUGUUCUUAGGAGGCUCAAUGGCAUUGUCAGUCAUUUUCCUGAGAAGUGGUCACACCCAGAUAUCCAUCUUCAUCUCUGCAUUUGGCAUACUGUUGAGGUGGCACUGUGCUUGUGGACAUUAUCUGCAAUGCCAUGCAAACAAUGUUACUUGAAAGUGGUCCAUGUCUGCCUUAUUAAAGUGAUAACGAUUUCAUGGGAAGGUGAUUCUCCUUUGUUUCUAGAAGGUUCUCAUUUAGUUAGAGAAGGAUAGGGAGAGUCAAGACAGAGGCACAGGAAACCAGUUUGUUCAGUUUCUUGCUUAAGCAAAGGGAAUCCCUUUCAUUUUGGCAUUUAGAGACUAGAAGACUUCCGAACAUUAUAAUGCAUGGUGGCCAAAGAAAUUUUGGGUAAAAAGCUACUUCCUAAGUGGUUAGAUAAGAGUUAACAACAUAGAGCAGAGUAGAAAAUCCAGAAGUGACUGUCAGAACAAAAUUAAAGCAAGCCAGAAAGCAACCACGACCCUUAUCAGCUCUCCACAGCAUCUGAUCUAUAUAAACUGUGUCCACUGGCAAAGGGUAGGGCCAGAGGAAUUUUUUUUCAACCUCAUAAGCUUUUGACAAGACACCUAAAGAGGUUUCUAUUAUUGAUCUAAUCAAAAGACAAUAAUGAAAUAGAAAAGUUAGGAAAAUUAGAAGUAGCUUAGAUGUUCAGGUUAUGCUGGGAGUCUUUCAAAUGUACAAAUGUAGAGACCCGACAAUGCUAACAGGUUGUUCAUCUCAGAACAUGUCAGCUGUCUCUGCAGCACUUCUUUACCAGUUUACUGCUGAAUUUAAUAGGGUAUUUCAAAAGAAGAUUUGUUCAUUGCUUAAGGGAUUAAUGGUCCUUUCCAGCUUUUCUUGCUUUCAAAAUUCUGAUUAUAUUCUUAGGAGACAGAUAAAGUAAGGUUUUUUAGAGAGACUGAGUGAAUAGUAUUUUUUUCAUGUGCAAUGAGAUUCACUGUUGUAUUAUACAGGGCAAAAAAUACUUAAAGUAUGUGCACAGAUGAGGUUAACGUGUACAUUUAUUAGGUUUGAUUCUUUUUAAGUGUACUUUCAAUUGUGUAUGUUGCAAUCUUUCUAAUCAAGAAAAAUAUGAAAAGUAGUGGAAAAUAAGGUAAAAACAAAACCACAUUAACAUGAUGAAUAUUAGGAGCCUCAGUGGAUGCUGCAGAAAAAUAUAUACCUGAUAAUUAGAGAGGCACGAUGUGUUGUUUUAAUUCUAUUUUUAAAUUAUGUCAUUGUGCUUCUUUCCAUACUAAUUGGACAUAUGCUUUCAUAUGCUGGACAGGAAAGAGAAUAAGCUAAAAUAUUUUAUUUACAUCAAUGUGAGGUUUAUAUUUUGCUUUUCUUUUGAAAAUAAUGAAUAGCCAAAAUUUUCCUCAAACUUUGAUUUGAUUGAACUUUUUCUUGGAUUUUGCUAUGUCUAUUUAAAAACAACAGGAAAAAAAAAGAAAAAGAAAAAAAACCCUUCUUUACAGAGUAACAUCCCUAAUUGUACAUAGUAGCCAGUAUCUGCCUAUGGACACAAUGUGUAUUUUCAUCCCUUUGUAAUUCAGUACCUUUGAGUUUGCUGGGCUACUGUUGCCUUUGCAUUCCAACUAUCAGAGAACAACAACAGAAAAAGUUUAUGAUUUGGCUUUCUGAAUUUGGCCUAAUAUGGGAUGGCAUUUCUUUUUCAUCAGUCUAGGGAACUCUGGCCCAUAUAUUUUGAUUACAUACCUGAACACUUCUGAGUGUAAUCUUUGGGCAGAAUGUGGCCCAGGUUCUUCCUGUAGGCUCAGAGUAGUGAUUCCUCGUGUUUCUCCAGGGACAUACUUCUCCUAAGCAAUCAUGUUGGGGUAUUACACUAAUAAAAGUGCCUGUCCCUUUCACUAGGGGAUGAAGAUUGAGUAGAAAAUAUCAAAAAGGAGGAAAUCAAUAACUCAGGGGCACAACUUUAAAAUGCCAUUCUGGAAAGGCUUUUCUAGAGACAACUCAGAGCCCAAGUCUAGAAGUGGGCUCUAAUGUGCAAUUACUCUAAAAGCCAUAAAAAUCCUUGAUAUUGUCAUUUAUAGUUACUAUACAAUUUUCGAUAUCGGGGGAAGUAAACAGAGAAAUCUAGAUCAAAGGGAAGGAUCUUCACAGCAUGAGCCUCAAAAGCAUAUGACCAGGAAUUCACGCCUGCUAGCACUCAUACAAGAAAUGAGGCAAGGGAGAGAAGAUGGGACCUUAGAACCCUAGAGUGAAAACGAUACAUUGGCACUCAGUAACCAUGCAGGUAGAAACAACUAACUCAUCCUGUCCAGAAAUAGAAGUUGAUGUAAUCUAUCCUUAAACUCUUUACUCUAGUUGAAUUUGAAUGCAGUCAUCAAAUGAAGGGAAGGGUGCCAGACUUGUAAGUCUUAGAACACCAGUUAGCUUGAUAUCCAGUGGUUAAACGAAAGGACCACAACGAUGUAUUUCAGCAGUUCUGAUGUGAUAUUACUAUCAGUUUAUACAUAUGUAUAGUUUUUCUUUCAUUACAAAACAGCCAGAUAUUAAGCCAGCAAUUAAGGUGUUUUUUCAUCUUUCUGAAAUUCAUAGACAAAUUCUGACUCUAAAAUGUACAGUCUACAUGAAUUCUUUGAUCUCAAUCUGUAUAUAUGUAUUGUACAUGACUCACGACUGCUAGUAGGUAUGAAAUGCAUUUCAGAAUUGAAAACUCAUGCAACAUAAGGAAUGUUACGAUUCUUUCCACUUCAAUUUAAUAACUGGGAAAAGACUCAAGCAAUGCCAUCUAAGCCUUUUCUCUUCUCAUUUCUUCAAGAGCAGUGCUAAGUCAAAUAAUAACAAUAAUAAUAAUAAUAAAAGUGGUUUAUGAACCAAAAGACUUUACAUUCUAGUAUUAGGAACACAAAAAAAUCUGUCAGCUUACAAAAGCACAACACAUAGAGAAAGUGCAGUGGAAUGCAUAAUGGGGAAAUAAAUCGCAUUUAUUUUAAGCAAGACCUCUAUUAAAUUGGCAAUGAAGACAAUUUCCAUUUGCUGUAGGUAACUGUUCCAGUUUUACAGUUAACUUCAUUCUCGACAACAGCAGAACAGCAUCGACAAAAGUAAGUCUUACAACAUAUCUCCAUGUAUAUAUGUGUAUAUGUAGAUCCAUAUAAACAUACAUACAUAUAUAUGCAUUCAUAUGUUGGAAAACAAAAUGAAUAAGCUAAUAUGGUUUGUUUUCUUCAUUAUACCAGUGUAUUAUUUAUUUGGCAGCCAACAAUCAACAUAUUGAAAUAAGUAAUACAGGGUACUGAGCAUUUCUCUAUCAGCAAAUCAAUGCCUACAAUUCUUAAGAACCAUUGCACAGUUUGACACAAUAGUACUGUAUCUCGGAACAUCACAGAUUAGUUGUCACAUUGCUUGUCUAAUUGCUCUCUUUUUCAAGGAAACAAAUAACAUUGUCCAUUGGUAUAUAAAAACAAGUAUGUCUUAAGAAAAUGGAAAAUUCCUUCUAGAGGAGGGAAAAAAAAAAAAUUAAACCCCACCAUGUUGGUUAGGGCAAAAUACAACUGUAGCAAUCAUACCAUUUUGCAAAGUGUACAGAGUACAUGUAACAUGAGCUACCACAACUUUCAUUGAGCGUGUGUAAAUAUUAAAACAGAUUUCUUAAAUAUUUUUAACUUCUAAUUUGUAUUUUAUGGUAAGGCAAUGUGCUAAUUCUGUUUAUGGCUUAAAUUGUGUGUUAUAAUAUGUAAAUAAUUAAACAUGUUGUAAAUGAAUAGUCAAUAGAUACAAAUAAUUAUUUAGUUUUUUUCUCUUAAUUUUUAUUUAUUUUUUACUAAGUAUGGUUACUUCAGUGCCCUGGCAGAGUAAUUUAAACAUCCUUUUGCAUAAAUGGUUUGGGAAUCCCAGACAGAAGGGUUUCAAUUUGCUACCACACACGCACACAGUUACACACAGACACACACACACACACACACACAUACACCCCACACAUCAUAUUUCUCUCACUUCGCUCACUCCUAUGUUCUUCCCCUCUGUGGGAAGCACUGUAGUGUUUAUGUAGUCAAUGUGACAACCAAGAGACAGCUUUAGAAAUGGCAAUUGGGAAAUGCAAAACUGAAAUAGAGUUUUUUUAUAUGCCAGAGUUCAAGAAACCAAAGUUUGCAACUUAAAUCUCAAUUUUCCAAGAGUAAAAGUUUGUACAGGUGGCACUACAGAAAAUAAAAAUGUUUAUUUAUACCAGCUCCAGAAAUGUGCUACACACAAGACAUACUAGAAGAUUUUUUUUAAUAAUAGUAUUUUGUCUUUAGAUAGUAUUGUUCCUUUUAACCAAAGACCCCAGCAUUAUUACAAAAAAAAAAAAAAAAAUGGAAAGGAAAAAGGGGGGAAAGGUGUGGGGGGGGGUGGAGGGAAGGAUGUUGCUUCACACCAAAGGUUUAAAAAACAUUUUCCAAAUGCACUAGGGAGAUGGGGAAAAAUAGUAAGGGGUGAACAGAAUGCUAAUUAAGAUACUGUUCUAAAGAAAUCAUUACAAGAAAAAAAAAUAGCUUUCUUAUGAAGCUAAUUUUUUUAGAAAUAGAAGUCAAACAUUUCUGUAGAUACAUGCAAAAUUGUGACAUUAAAUUUUAAUGUGCUUUGAGAAGUUGUUUUGAGAUAAAUAUAAAUAUAAUCCAAAAUGAUGAAAAACAAAACUUUAUAUCCUUUGAUUUCCAAAGCCAAAUGUCACUCUUCUGUCACAUGUCCUCUAAUCUGAUGUCAAUGUAUAUGUCCUUGCACUAUUUGAUGCAAGUGGACAGUUCAUCAGCUUGUUAUCAUCUUUUAUUGUUCAAUGAUUUGAGUUCAAACAUGAUCAUUUUAAACAUAAUUAAUUCAAACAAAGUUGCCUAUAAUUAAAAUUCUGUUACAUUUUUCAUUUUUUUUCACAGGUGUUUAAAUAUUUCUGUCAUGAAUAUUGUCCCUGCACAGUUCUAAAUUGUCCUUUUAUGAGAAAAUGAUGUUAGUUUCUUCACAAUGUAGUGAUUAUCAGCCUUACUAACUACCUUGUAGCCUUUCUUAAUAUGCACAUAAUGCACAUUUUCCAAUGGCUAGAAAAUGCAAAAGACAAGUGGAUAUCAUUGCAUCUAUUUUCAUGUCUUUCUAAACAGGACUACUAAAAGCUCUGGGAUACAUGAGACAGUAAAAAAUGAGGAUUAUAAAUAAAUAGCACAUAAGAAUUAUUUUCUUGAAUUUAAACUUACUGCAGCCAGUUUCAGCAUGUAAAUAUACAAUAGUGCCGGCUAGUGUGUAAUUCUUGAACUAAGAAAUAUAAAUAAAAAUAAAAAGGUCGUG